AUGCGUUACCUGGAGAAAGACCCCAACUCCCCCACCAAUGAUGACCUUGCUGACGCGAUCAGCGAGAUGGUUGAGGGGAAAGAGGCGUUUGCGUUGCUGCUGGAGCAGGAGUACACCCCGAAGAGCAUUGGAAAUCUGGGCACCGGAGCUCUGAAGCACGUCGAUAGUGCGAGAUUUCGAGCGUUGGGCGAGGCGAAUGCUGUCGUCCCCGUGGACAAGAAACUGGAGUUUUUCAUUGCGAAGCUGUCCCACAAGAUUGUCUCGUGUCCCGUCGGAAUGUAUGACAACGACUGGCGAGAAGAGGAGCGCAAGCAGUCUAUCCAUUGGUAUUCCACGAGUGGAGAGGAUCUCGGACGUAGCAGAGACUCCAAGUUGGAAUGCAAGCUCAAUUUCCUGAAUCCUGCCCAAGCGACUUACACGCAGAUGUGGGAACCUCAUGGUGACAGCAAUGAAGAGCCGUACACGGGUAACGAGGGUCCGACCCGGAACACAAAGUACUGUAGAUUCGCUAUUGUGGCGUGGCCGGCUGCCCAACAUCCUGAAAAUGCACUGAAGGCGAUGUCGGCGGAACUUGCUGUCGAGGCAUUGAUGAAUCGACGACCGGUUGACGCGGCAAAGCUACGCACAUUCCUCGACGGGGCUAGUAAGAAGCUUGGUUCAGGGAAGACGUUUAAGACCUGGGCGAGUGACAAGAAGGCGUCAGCGAGAUUCUGUCGGUCGUUUUUCGGGCUGCUGGUCGACGCAGGAGACCAAGAGCUGACAACGUUGUUUCUCACCAACUUUUGUCCUUCUCUUGGUAACUUGAGUGAGAAUACGACUCUUAUCCCAGGGAUAACGAAAGUCGUCAAAACAUUUGACUGGGGCGACAUUGGGGCGGCCAUGCUGCCCGUGCUGGGGAAUAGAACGGAUGAGUAUCAAGAGGAAGAUUUUGGGGAGACGGAGCUUGAGAUGACGCUGCAAGUAGUUGACGGAUUGGACAAUGGAGCAGCCCUGCAAGCUGAUACAGCCCAUUUGAAUUCUUCCAAGGUGAUUGGAAUCCUGUGGAAGCACGCUAUCCUCUCAAGCAACAACGACUAUAUUGGUGACCUUGACGAGACAAGUGAGAAGUACACAGUCCUCGCCUCCAUUGCCGCCAAAAGGGCGAAGUGGCUGAAGGGUGAGAUCCGCCGCUUGAAUACGAAGUUUUCAUGGGAAAUGCCCAAUGCCGAGUUCCCUAAGAACCCCAAGAUUGAGGCGUUCCUUCGUGGUCCCGACACCUCCAUGAAGACGAAUGGCGCGUCGUUCACCAUGAAACCUGCGGGAAAGGGAAAGACGGCGUACGUGACGAUCACGAAGACGAAGAAAUGGUAUAACGACCGCCAGAAAAAAGUGCGUGAGUACCAGAUCGAGAGAGCUAAUCUGAAGAAGCUCUACAAGGAGGGAAGUGCGACCAAGAGAGCGCGCACGGAGUAG